CCUGCUUUUGACUCCUCUCACACACACAUCAUCUGCUUUUCUCUCCUCUGCAAAACCCAGUUUUCCCAGAAACCCACUUUCCCGAGAAAAUGCAGUCCCGUGUGAAAUUCGUCGUCGUCAUCCUCUAUGCCGUUGUUGCUAUCUCUGCAAUUUUCUUAUUCCCUUCUCUUCUGCCUCGCAAUCCCUCAACUACGGCUAAUGAUCAGGUGAACAACCGAGUUCAAGGUUCUGGUAUUUUUGAGGAAGUCUUCCAGUACCCAGACGUCUUCUUGAGAAAUUACGCUCUGAUGGAGAAGGGUUUCAAGAUCUUCAUAUAUCCAAAUAAACUUGAUGAUGAGGCUAUGUAUUACAAUGAUGAGACUGAGGGGUUUUCUACUGAAAUGUUCUUCUACUACCAUCUCAAUUUCUCCGAAAGAUUUUAUACAGAUGAUGACGCUGAGGCUCAUAUGUUUUUCAUUCCACUUACUUGCUUCCAAAUUGGCAGAACGAGAAAUUAUACUAAUGCUGAGAAUUAUGUUCGGCACAUAAUUAACGAGUACCCUCACUGGAAUCGGAGUAAAGGUGUUGAUCACUUUCUUCUGACUUGCUGUGACGCUGGGGAAAAAUUCUCUGAAAGAGUUCCACUGAAUAAUUCAAUAAGAGUCUCGUGUUUCACAAGUAAUGAUUCCAGACAUGACAUACACCACAAGCACCAUCAUACAACCAUCCCACAGAUGGGACUGACAUUUGGGCCUCCAGUGCGUGGUAAUGACAUACACCAAAGGACAAAACUCGCUUUCUGGGCUUGUCACAAAAAUUAUCCAGCAAGAGCAAGUGCAAGUGAUUGGGACAAAUACUCAGACGAAGAGAAAUUCAAAGCAUCUAAGUAUUGCAUUUGUGAUGGAGCAUCCUAUGUCACAAGAAUAUGUAUAACAGACUCAAUCCAUUUUGGAUGUGUUCCAGUGAUCUUGUAUGAGGACUAUGAAUUGCCAUUCAGUGACAUUCUUGACUGGGCAAAAUUUUCUGUGAUAAUCACUAAGGAUGAUCCACUUCGAGUCGAACAGAUCCUUGAAGCCAUGUCACAUUCGAAAUUCAGUGAACUGCAUAACAACGUACUCAAGGUUCAAAGGCACUUCCAUGCAAAUUCUGCUUUAGAAGGAGAUAAGCCAUAUGAUAUCUUCCAUAUGAUAAUGUAUGAGCUCUGGUUGCGCCACCUUGCACGGUCUUUUUUUGAUUUCUGAACUUGUAUACAUUUCCCAAACACAAAGAUGAGCAGAACUUAGUAUCAGUUAGGAUGACCAGUACAACUGUACAAUUUUCUUUACCUGAUGAAGUUUGAUGCUAAGUAAUAUCAGUUAGCAGAUAGAAUUUGUUCCA